AAUGGGUACAGUCUUGAUUAGAUUUCUGAACGCUACAGUAUACCUUAGAACCUUACGUAAUAGACAUCUUUAGUUAACGUAACAGUCAAUUAUGGAACUGGUUCGUCACACCGUUGCUGUAGUGAUUGUUUACCUGUUUCUUCUGACGCUGACAUGUCCAACUAGUGGAAAUGCUCUUACCCUGGAGGAGGAAUUGCAAGAACUGACUGAGAAUUACGUUCAGUUCAAGGAAGCUGUACAGGCAAAAAAUGUUCAGUUGGAGGAAACAGUCAGAAAACUAGAGGACCAGCUGCAACAAAACAAUGAAAUCAAGAAAGAUUUGGAAUCAGAGUUGAUUCGUUUGGAAUCCAAAUUACAACAACAGGGGUCACGUUUAGCUGCCAUAAACCCAUCGAUGUUAACAAAAGAUUACAAUAAAUCUGUUUCGAAUUCCGAUACGCAACCAGUGGGUGUCCUCGAUGAAAUGGCAACGUCAUGUGCGGAUCUACGACAGGCGGGAUAUAAUUCGAGUGGAUUCUAUUUGUUGGUGAGAAAUGCAACAGUGGAAAACGUCUACUGCAACUUUACAAAAGUCUCCGACAGUUUAGGUUUUCGGCAGUGCGGUGAAUAUGGUAAUCUGAAAUCAUCGCCCGUCUAUUUUUACGUACAAAGAAACAACCUCUUCAGCAAAGAGUCCACUCCAAUUUCAUUUGAUCUUGAAAUAAUCAAUGUUGGAGAAGCGAUGAAUGGAUCGUCUGGAAAGUUCACGGCACCUCAAAUGGGAACUUAUUCCUUCAUCUUCAAUGGAUUGGCCAAGUUUUCAGUAUCCUCUACUCCACUUCGUUUGGGGUUAAAUCUUCAAUUGAAUGGCUCUGGGUUGACAACAGGACGAGUCGAAGUGGGAGACCAUGUCAUCGUCAGUGAUAAGCUUAUCUUUUUUGCCCUCCAAGCAACGCUAAAACUCAAAUCGGGGGAUCAAGUUUGGCUUGAAAUUUUCUCUCUGUCACCAGGAGUGUCUCUGUAUAAUGACGGUACCCAUUUUACCUGCUUCAGUGGUUCGCUAUUGCAAUAAUCAACUGAAACUCCGUGAAACUCAUGGUAAUUGCUUUGAACAUCUAAAGUAAACGUAUUAACUAGAGAGAAAUAGACUGGUACAACGACUCA